UAAUAAAUGGUAUAGAAAGAAUAUUUUGGAGCGAUUGUUGUCGGAGACCAGUAUCCUCAUGUCUCUCCCGUCGAAAGUUUGCCUUCAACAGCUGAAGCUGCUUUCACAUCAUCAGGGUUUCAAUCCCAGCAUUCCUAGGGUUCCCACAUUCCACAAACUCAACAUUUUCUCCCAAUUCCACCACCAUAAUCGUCAUCUGCGUUUCUGCUCAAUCAAUGGCCAUGCUGGUGCUUCUGGCAUGUCAAAUGGUCAUGACUACUCUGCCAACCAUGAAGACUCAAGUGCAAAGGGCGAAAAUGGUGAAGGAGAACUGCACACAUCAAAAGAUCUUCUAAAGAAACUGAAGAGAUAUGGAAUUUCUGGAAUAUUAUCCUAUGGACUCCUGAAUACUGCAUACUAUCUUACAACGUUUCUCUUGGUAUGGUUUUAUAUUGCUCCAGCACCAGGAAGGAUGGGUUAUUUGGCGGCAGUUGAAAGAUUUGUCAAAAUCAUGGCUAUGGUGUGGGCAGGCAGCCAGGUCACUAAACUUGUCAGAGCUGGAGGGGCCCUUGCACUUGCACCUAUUGUAGAUAGAGGAUUGUCAUGGUUUACAGUAAAAUUCAAGUUUGAAUCUCAGGGAAAGGUAAGUAAGUCGUACAUGAGAUUUUGAUAUUGUUCUCACUUGCUUAAUGAUUCCUUACAUGUCUCUAGUUACAUUUCCUCUGCAUCCAGCCUUUCAUGGCGAUUGUCGGAUUUUGUUUCGGGUUAGCUCUCAUUCUAUUCUUCAUUGUAACAUUGCUUUGGGCAUGACACAUUUUUCAGCAUUUUUCUUAGUCAUCCUGGCGGAGAAACUCUUUCAUUAACUAGCAUUUUUGAAUCUCAUCCAUGUUAAUUUUUUUUUUCAUAAUUCAGUCAGUUAUCUCUCGUCUUCAUUUCACUAUGAAUUGUAGAAUCUAAGAAAUCUCACAAUGAAAUCUAACAAUUUUGCUUA